UGCCUCGCAGGCCUUGGGCCUGUGGAGAAAAGAAGCCUUAGCGGGCCGACGCCCUCCGGAGGCGCUCAACCCGUGUCCCCGCUAGGUCACGUCUGAAUGCGGUCAACCCGAGUCUGAGGAGUCACGUCUGGAAGGGGGGGGGGGAGAGGCGCGAGUGAUUGGGUUUUCCCCUGGCGCAAAAGAGAUAUCAACCUUAACUCUCCCAACAAAGGUCUCCUGUCAGAUACGAUGACGGACGUCCCUGUGGAUAACACUGGUGCUUCGGCCGCUCCUCCGAGGUCUCCUUCCUACAACGGCCUCACUGAAGCCGAAGAAGAGGAAUUAAGAGCAGAGUUGGUCAAGGUGGAAGAAGAAAUUGGCACCCUCCGCCAGGUCCUGGCUGCUAAAGAGAGACACUGCGGAGAGCUGAAGAGAAAGCUGGGCUUGACCCCCUUGGACGGGUUGAAGCAAAACCUCUCGAAGAGCUGGCAAGACGUCCAAGGCUCUAACGCAUACGUUUCGGCCAGCAGCACACUGGAGGACUGGAAUGAGAAAUUAACCCAAUCAGAAGCUUACAAGAAGACGCAGGAAACGCUGUCGCAGGCGGGCCAGAAGACCUCCGCUGCCCUUUCCAACAUGGGUUCCGUCAUCAGCCGGAAACUGGGAGACAUGAGGGCCCAUCCCUUCUCGCAUUCCUUUAGCAGCUACUCCAUCCGUCACUCGAUAAGUAUGCCAGCUAUGAGGAAUUCCACCACCUUCAAGUCUUUUGAAGACCGUGUUGGAACCAUCAAGUCCAAAGUGGUUGGCAGCAGAGAGAACAGCGCCGACGAACUACACUCCCCAGCGGCUUCCGGCGACAAGCCCUCCCAAGACAACGCACCUUUCUAAGGUGCCAGCCCAGCGGUGCCCGACUGCCAGAGCCCUACCCCCUUGCAAAAACUGGGAGCUCCCUGUCCCGCCCGGAAGAGAGAGAUCCAUACAUCUUAACGUAGACAUUUUUUCUUGCUGCUGGAUUCUUCAGGUCAAAUAAAGCGAACGCACGGCGUGUUUUGUACACUAUAUAUUUUACACUAAAGGGUUCUAGGUAGGGCGUGCUGCGAGUGCUCGCCUGAAAAUAUAAACGAAUUUUUUUAAAAAGGCAGCACUGCAUUGUGGGGAUUCUACAGGUUUGGCAUCAAAGGCCUGCACACUUCUCCUGCCCACCCCCUUCCCCUGCACCCUCCACGGCAGGGAAAUUUUAUUUCCUCAAGCAAAUGUAAAAAACUCGGCCGUGGAAUACGGGAGCCGAACAGGAAGCCUGUGGCGUUUCUCACGGCCUCCGUUCCCCGGCUCUGUGUAGCUAACAGGCUUCCUGCCAUUAACGGCUCCUUCGCUCGAUAGGCAGUCGAAGAGCAUCCAGGAAAACUUUGGAGAUUUCCAGUCCCCAUUUUGACGAUAGACGCAUCUAACCGGGGCGGGGGUUGGGUGGGGGUUGUAGGUCGAAGAAACGCCGUUUCUGCCGGGCUUCCGCAAAGGAAACCUCCGUUUAGCAACUGCCUGAACCUUUGCUGCACCGAUUCUCUAGCUUUAACGAAUCUCAGAAUCUUUAUUUUUUUUGGAAUGCAGUGGACUUUCCCGACAUACCAGCUUUAGCAUUGUUCUUUUGUGUGCGUGCGUGUGUGCGUGUGAGUUGGGGGAAGCGGGGCGAGUCUACCUUUGGACGCCGAGGGUGAAAACUCGAGCCUUACAUCACCGCCUGCUUUACUCGUUUGUAACCUUUUUUAUAUCUCCAAAGGGGCGAAGGGUUUUGCGGAAGGAGGGAAGAGAGGGAGGGGAGAUCCAAAGCGCUGGAGUUCAGCAUCCCACUAUAGUGCCCACACGCAGAUGCGCCCGGUCUCGUGUUCAUUUCAGUUGUGCGCCUGCCUGCCUGCCUCUCUCUCUCCCGAGUGCGUGGAACUUGCUUCUCUGCCCGUACCUUUAGGCACCACUGAAGACAGCCUGCCAUUUUAAUCUGAUUAGCAGUGGGCACACGUAGCUGGGCCCACCCACCCUAAAGAGGGACCCCUUCUCUCCUUUCCUCUUGGAUCCAUUCUUCUUCCAGGAGCCUGAUAAGAUUUAUUUGUACUUUUUAAACACGGCCGCCCUUUAUCCUUUAGGCAGUGGCCCCAGAGACUGGCAUAUCUCGCCAUCUUUGCUUCCCCUUUGCGCCAGGUUUCCUUAGGAGCCGUCGAGUUUCAAGCAAGUCCGUGACGUUCCGUCGUCCCGACCCUCUUAGUUCUAAGGCAGGAUCGCCUCUUCGUGACUUCUCCCGACCUUUCCUGGUGCCUUAGAGGCUCAGUUGGAUGACUGUAGUGCCCUGAAUAGGUAUUGAUUGAGGCUGUUUCAAGGCCCUUUCCCCUCCCCCCCGGAAGGUUUUCACGCCCCUCCCCACAAGCCUUGGGAGAGAAGCAAGUGAUGACACCCAAGUUGCUGGCUGUAGAACUUGUCCUGUUUCUCGUCCAUUACAGGCGGGCGGAAACUAUAGCGGGGAUGCAGUUCUAGCGCACGGGCCGAAAAUCAGCAGGUGUUGUGAGAGUCAUUUGCAAGGGUUUGUUUUGCGGGUGGGAGGGAUACGGUAGUCAUCAGUGCUGGAAAGGGAAGGCACGUGUCGGUUGGACGGGAAACUGUUGAAAGAGAGAGAUCACACUGUUUCUCCUGUGCUGGUGACUAUUGGGGAAAACUUUGUCAAUAAAACAUUCCUUUUGGAAAAACAGAA